GGCAAUUUUGGCAAACCAAGUGAAUUUUGUGGGCUUUAUGUAGUAAUUUGUGGGCGAUGUUUAACAAAUCCCUUUCCUUUUCCCUCCUCCUAACAUAAAGGAAGAAGUAAAAAAAAAAAAAAAAUCAAAAAAAAAAAUUAAAAUAAUACGGUAAUUUAAAAAAUAAAAAAUAAAAAAAUCUCAUCAACUCCAAUGUUAUAUGGAGUACAAAUAAUCCAUUCCUACGAAAACUCUCACUCCAACCAUCAUUCGUCGUCUUCCUUUCCAUCCUUUUCCUCUUCAUUUCUUCUCCCUCCUUUUCCUCAACAAAUUUCCUCCUAAUUCCCAACAAAACCCUAAUCAUGUCCCCAAUUCUCUCUCAAUAAUCCACAAUUUCCCCCAAUUAAAUCCACCCCAAUUUCGUUUCAUCUUCUACAAUGGAUCAUCAAUCGUUAACUGGGUCAACAACCCUCUCAAUCGUUUCUAAACCAAAGGUUUACCGUCUCAUGAACGGUGGUUGCGCCGGCGGAGGUGGUGGUGGUCCCCCUAAAUCACCGCCGUCAAUCUGGUUCGAAAUCCGGUUGUUCUACGUUCGUAUUGCACCUUGCGCCAUUGACGCCGCACCAGAUUACCUCACCCUCCGACAUCUCCGCGAUGAGCUCGGUGUUUCCCUCGAAAUCAAUGGAAAUCGUGUUCCUGCUUCUGAAACGGCGUCGUCUACGCUUCGAAGAGAUCGUGUUGACAGAGAAUCGUCCGAGGUUACAUAUGUUAGCACCGACAACGUUAAGAUCUCCGGCGGCGUGGAGUUCGAGGUUUGUGAGAUGGAUAAUUUGCUACUUUGUGGGUCCUUUGGAAGGUUCGAGAAUGAGUGGAGAAUGGAUUGUUAUGCCGGCGGUUCGUCGCCGUCUUCGUCGUCGGCAUUCUUUCAGCCGAAAUUAGGGAUUUCGUCGCCGUCGAUUGAGGUUUAUGUUGCCGGAAGAUGGUCGGAUACGCCGGUGAUAUUGACGAAGAUGAUGAACUUCAGUCCCCGGAGAAAGUCGCCGAGAUAUAGCACUUUGGAUGCGAUUCCUGAAGUUUCCGAUGAGACUGAGAAAGAUCAGAAGAUUGUUGCUGUUAAUGGUUUGAUUCACCGGAAAUUACAGAUCACUGAGGCUGAAGAUGAGUAUGAAGCAGAGGGAAAAUUGAUUCACAAUUGGUAUCCGGAUGAGGUUUAUGAAGGGGAGGAUGGCCAACUCACUUGGUUCAAUGCUGGAGUAAGAGUUGGUGUUGGUAUUGGUCUUGGUAUGUGUUUAGGAAUUGGUAUUGGUGUUGGAUUACUUAUGCGAUCGUAUCAAACCACCACCAGGAAUUUCAGGAGGAGCACUAACGUUCGGCCCAAAUCGACGGCCCACCACCACAACAAGCCCACAUCACCAAUCCCCUUAGUCGUAACCCUAAACUGCAUCGAAGACAACGCUUUAGAACAACACUCCCUCGCCGGAGUCGCCGCCUUCGAACACGUCGGCUUAAGCCGAUUAGCCGACGGUAGAAUCGAGUCAGCCGCCGCUGUUCUCCUCCACUCCCUCGCGUUCCUCCCACGCGCCGCCCAACGCCGGCUUCGUCCAUGGCAGCUUGUUCUCUGCCUCGGCUCUUCCGACCGAGCCGUCGAUUCUGCUUUAGCCGCCGAUCUUGGACUCCGGCUUGUCCACGUCGAUGUUUCGAGGUCUGAGGAGAUCGCUGAUACUGUUAUGGCUCUUGUUCUAGGGCUUUUGCGACGGACGCAUCUGUUGUCGCGGCAUUCUCUGUCUUCGUCUGGGUGGUUGGGUUCUGUGCAACCGCUUUGUCGGGGGAUGCGACGGUGUCGUGGGUUAGUGCUUGGGAUUGUUGGGAGAUCUGCGUCUGCUUCAUCUUUGGCUAUCAGGAGUUUGUCUUUUAAGAUGAAUGUGCUUUAUUUUGAUGUUUCCCAGGCUCAAGUAAGCAGGUCGAUUAUAUUCCCUCCUGCUGCCAGGAGAAUGGAGACACUUAAUGAUUUAAUGGCUGCAAGUGAUGUGAUCUCUCUCCAUUGUGCUUUGACAGACGAGACUGUCCAGAUUAUUAAUGCUGAAUGCUUGCAGCAUAUCAAACAUGGUGCAUAUCUGGUGAACACUGGAAGCAGUCAGCUUUUGGAUGAUUGUGCGGUGAAGCAGCUAUUGAUCGAUGGAGUCCUUGCUGGCUGUGCACUGGACGGUGCUGAAGGGCCACAAUGGAUGGAAGCAUGGGUUAGGGAGAUGCCUAAUGUAUUGGUACUACCACGAAGUGCAGAUUACAGCGAAGAAGUAUGGUUGGAGAUAAGAGAAAAGGCCAUUUCUAUAUUGCAAACUUACUUCCUUGAUGGUGCUGUUCCAAGUAGUGCUGUUUCUGAUGACGAGGACGAGGAAAGCGAAAUAACCUUUGAGAAUGAGCAAUCUGAUAAGCAUGACAGAGAAAGACUGCCGCAGAGUCCAGUUCUUGAGUGUCUGACAAUUGAUAACUUAGCGACGCCAGAAAGUUCCCAUAGAAAAUCUUCAUCUGCUCAAUUAGAUUCUCCUAGCCAGCCUCAGGUUUCAGGUUUGUCUCCAAAUAACUCUGCUCAAUCUGAAACGAAGCGUAGUAGAUCAAGCAAAAAGGCUAAAAAGAGACAUGCUCGCCAAAAGUCCCAACAUAAAAUUGAGGACAUCGUAGAAAAAGAGAGUACUUCACAGCAGGAAGAUGAUGAUGCUAUGAGCGGUACUGAGCAAGUUCAAAGCUAUGGUUCCAGGUGUGCUUCACCAGAAGACUCUAGGAGUAGGAAAACAUCGAUAGAAUUGGUGCAAGAAUCAUCAUUGGACUUGUUUCAGAAAUCAGGCAAGAGCACUAGUCGGAAAUCUGCAGAGCUACUUAAAGAUGGUUGUGUUAUAGCCUUACAUGCUAGGGAACGCUCUGGGCUGCAUGUCUCAAGACAAAGGGUAAAGGGAGGUGGUUGGUUCCUGGAUACAAUGCAUAGUGUUACCAAAAGAGAUCCUGCAGCUCAGUUUCUUGUUGUUUUUGGAAGCAAGGAUACAAUUGGAUUGCGAUCUCUUGCAGCUGGUGGGAAAUUGUUGCAGAUAAAUAGAAAGAUGGAAUUUGUAUUUGCCAGCUACAGCUUUGAUGUAUGGGAGAGUUGGUCAUUAGAAGGUCCUUUGGAGGAGUGUAGAUUGGUUAAUUGUAGAAAUACACAGGGUGUUCUUGAUGUGCGAAUCGAAGUUUUGGCUUCUGUAGGAGAAGAUGGAGUGUUGCGUUGGCUAGAUUAGGUUUGCAGAGCUGAUGAAAAUGUUGGUUGUCAAAUUACUCGUAUUAGGUUGCUUAUAAUUCAACACGGCUUGUAACUUUGUAUAUCUUUCAGUACUAUGUACCUCAUCAGCAUUUAGUGUGUUAUUCUGUUAGAAGUGUUAGCAUUGUGCCGGAGAUUUUUUCGAGUUUAUGUUGAACGUUCAUUUUGAUCGGCAAACCAUCAAAUUGAGUUGAUCCAAUUUUGUAUUGGAAAAGAGAAGAAAUAUUUCGUGUAUCUUAUGGCCAAUUCGCC